AUGGCGGUGUCCCGUCGAUCCUCACAGCACCAACAAAGCAGCCUGCAGCCGUCUCCGCGGAACGCCGUGAUCGCAUCCCCCCCACCGGAAUCGCCGUCCGCGAUUAUUCCCGAAUCGACGAGUUUGUUGAGCCCCUCGCCCGCUGGCGCAGCGGAAUGCGGCGGAGCCACGAUGGAGCCCGCAGCGGCCUCCUCCUCCUCCGCCUCUUCCCCAGACCGGCCCGCCCCAGCAACAGCAGCGGCCGCGUUCGGCAGCUCCAGCUGCAGCAGCAUUAGCUCCAGCGCGACCGCAGGUAGCCAGAGCCCCGGCUCAGAGGCGGACAGUCCCGGGGACGGAGUGUGCGGGGCCGGCGGGGCGUUCAGAGAGCUAUUCGAGGCCUGUCGGAACGGAGAUGUGUCGCGGGUGAAGAGGCUGGUGGACUCGGUGAAUGUGAACGCGAAAGACAUGGCCGGACGAAAAUCAACCCCUCUGCAUUUCGCUGCAGGCUUUGGCAGAAAGGACGUGGUAGAGCAUCUCCUGCAGACUGGAGCAAACGUCCAUUCCCGUGACGACGGCGGUCUGAUCCCGCUCCAUAACGCCUGCUCGUUCGGUCACGCGGAGGUGGUCAGCCUGCUGCUGUGUAGCGGUGCGGACCCCAACGCACGAGACAACUGGAACUACACACCUCUGCACGAGGCCGCCAUCAAGGGCAAAAUAGACGUGUGCAUUGUGUUGCUCCAGCACGGCGCUGAUCCGAACAUCAGAAACACUGACGGCAAAUCAGCUCUGGACCUGGCAGACCCUUCUGCUAAGACCGUCCUCACCGGUGAGACAUACACACACACACACACACACACAUACACACACACACACACACACACACACACACACAUAACUGCUUUACAGUCAUUAACAACACUCAUGCAGAAAUGUCUUUUCUCUAAGCUGCCGUUCCUAACAGUGUUUGUCUUCCUCUGUUUGAAAAACCCUAGGAGCGGUAAUGAGGAAAAGUUGAUGGCACUUUUGACCCCACUUAACGUCAACUGUCACGCCAGCGAUGGGCGCAAGUCCACUCCUCUUCACCUGGCCGCUGGGUAUAAUCGAGUGCGUAUAGUGCAGCUGCUGCUGCAGUACGGUGCUGAUGUCCAUGCCAAAGACAAAGGUGGUCUAGUUCCUCUGCAUAAUGCCUGCUCUUAUGGUCACUAUGAGGUCACAGAGCUCCUGCUGAAGCACGGGGCGUGCGUUAACGCCAUGGACCUGUGGCAGUUCACGCCGCUGCACGAGGCGGCCAGUAAGAAUCGAGUGGAGGUGUGUUCACUGCUGCUGAGUCACGGCGCUGAUCCCACACUGCUCAACUGCCACGGCAAGAGCGCGGUGGAUGUGGCGCCCACACCUGAACUUAAAGAGAGACUCACCUAUGAGUUCAAAGGACACACACUAUUGCAAGCGGCCCGCGAGGCGGACAUGGCAAAGGUCAAGAAAACUGCUCAAGAGAUCAUCAGCUUCAAACAUCCUCACUCGCACGACUCUGCUCUGCACUGCGCCGUAGCCUCUCCUCAUCCCAAACGCAAACAGGUCACAGAGCUGCUGCUGCGGAAAGGUGCCAACAUUCACGAGAAGAACAAGGAUUUUAUGACUCCGUUCCACGUCGCGUCUGAACGAGGUCAUAAUGACGUGCUUGAAGUCCUUCAGAAACACGGAGCAAAGGUGAAUGCUGUGGACACACUGGGCCAGACAGCCCUGCACAGGGCGGCCCUCGCCGGUCACAUCCAGACUUGCAGACAAUUGCUGAGUUACGGAGCCGACCCGUCAAUCGUUUCACUGCAGGGCUUCACUGCGUCACAGAUGGGCAAUGAAGCCGUACAGCAAAUACUCAAUGAGAACAUUCCUACUCGUAAUUCGGAUGUGGAUUACCGCUUCCUCGAGGCUGCUAAAGCCGGAGACCUUGAUACAGUGAAGCAACUGUGCUCCCCUCAAAACGUGAACUGUCGUGACCUGGAGGGCCGCCACUCCACCCCGCUGCAUUUUGCUGCAGGCUACAACCGUGUGGCUGUUGUGGAAUACCUGUUGCAUCAUGGGGCCGAUGUGCACGCUAAAGAUAAAGGUGGUCUGGUUCCUUUGCACAAUGCGUGUUCGUACGGUCACUACGAGGUGGCAGAGUUGCUGGUGAGACAUGGAGCGUCUGUGAACGUGGCGGACCUUUGGAAGUUCACUCCACUACAUGAAGCUGCAGCCAAGGGCAAAUAUGAGAUCUGCAAACUACUGCUCAAGCAUGGCGCAGACCCAUCUAAGAAGAACCGUGAUGGCAAUACGGCUCUGGACAUGGUGAAGGACGGAGACACAGACAUCCAGGACCUUCUGCGUGGAGACGCCGCCCUGCUGGAUGCCGCUAAGAAGGGCUGUUUGGCCCGUGUGCAGAAACUCUGCAGCCCUGAGAAUAUCAACUGCAGAGACACACAGGGCAGGAACUCCACACCACUGCACCUUGCAGCUGGUUACAAUAACCUGGAGGUGGCCGAGUAUCUCCUGGAGCACGGAGCAGAUGUGAACGCGCAGGAUAAAGGAGGACUGAUCCCUCUGCAUAACGCUGCUUCAUAUGGGCAUGUGGAUAUCGCCGCCCUCCUGAUCAAGUAUAACACAUGUGUGAACGCGACCGAUAAGUGGGCGUUCACACCGCUGCAUGAAGCUGCGCAGAAGGGCCGCACACAGCUGUGUGCACUGCUGCUGGCGCACGGCGCUGACCCCACCAUGAAGAACCAGGAGGGACAGACGGCUCUGGACCUGGCCACGGCUGAUGAUAUCCGUGCGCUGCUGAUGGACGCCAUGCCCCCUGAUGCCCUGCCCAGCUGUUUCAAACCACAGGCCACCGUGCUCAGCGCCGCUCUCAUAUCACCCGCCUCCACACCCUCCUGCCUCUCUGCUGCCUCCAGCAUUGAUAACCUGGCCGGGCCCCUCUGCGACGGGGCCAGUGGAGGGGCUACAGGACCCGCUGAUGGGGCGUCCGGAACUGAGCGCAAGGAAGGAGAUGCUGUCCUGGAUAUGAACAUCUCUCAAUUCCUGAAGAGUCUGGGGCUUGAACAUUUAAGGGACAUCUUCGAGAGAGAACAGAUCACUCUGGACGUGUUGGCCGAUAUGGGUCACGAGGAACUCAAGGAGAUCGGUAUCAAUGCUUACGGACACCGUCAUAAACUCAUCAAAGGCAUCGAGAGGCUGCUAGGAGGACAGCAGGGUGCCAACCCAUACCUGACGUUCCACUGCACCAAUCAGGGCACAGUUUUGAUCGACCUGGCCGUGGAUGAUAAAGAGUUUCAGUCUGUUGAGGAAGAGAUGCAAAGCACAAUUCGGGAGCACAGGGACGGAGGAAAUGCAGGUGGCGUUUUCAGUCGAUACAAUGUCAUCAAGAUCCAGAAGGUGGUGAAUAAGAAACUGAGAGAGCGAUACACACACAGGCAGAAAGAGAUCUCAGACGAGAAUCACAACCACCACAAUGAACGAAUGCUGUUUCAUGGCUCUCCAUUCAUAAAUGCCAUCAUCCAUAAAGGAUUUGAUGAGCGGCAUGCGUAUAUCGGGGGCAUGUUUGGAGCUGGCAUAUAUUUUGCAGAGAACUCCUCUAAGAGUAACCAGUACGUCUAUGGCAUCGGUGGCGGCACAGGCUGCCCCACUCACAAAGACCGGUCCUGUUAUGUGUGCCACAGGCAAAUGUUGUUCUGCCGUGUGACAUUGGGAAAGUCCUUCCUGCAGUUCAGCGCCAUGAAGAUGGCUCACGCUCCCCCUGGACAUCAUUCAGUGAUUGGCCGUCCCAGUGUCAACGGCCUGGCCUACGCCGAGUACGUGAUCUACCGUGGAGAACAGGCCUACCCAGAGUAUCUCAUCACUUACCAGAUAGAAAAGCCGGACAGCACGCCUCAGUCCUCCACAGGAGCAGAGCAGAAAUCAUAGUCAGACACUGCAUUUCUACACUCACUCAUCACUCGCUCGCUCACUCACUCAUUCUUUCUCACUCUCCUUGCACAAUGGAAAUGUGAACGUUCCCAUGUACUCACGUUUUGGAAUUCUCAUGUAUGAAUUAUGAAUUUGCACUUUUAAAAACAAGUUACUUAAGUUAUUUGAAAAUAGUUGCAAUUGUGAAGUCUAAUGUACAGGUAGUAUAAAGAAAACAUGUAAAACUGACUGUGUUUAACGAUGCUAUUUGAGUUGUAUUUUAAUGGAACUUUUUUUUUUUGAGUCUGUUAAUUUCUUUUAAAUAAAUCUCAUCAGAACAAGACUCAUA